AUGGAAGACGACGAGCAGGAACCGCCCGCGUUGUCGGACGACAUGGCGGUCGCCUCGGAGGCUUCCUCGCCUCGUUCCCGGGACGCUUUUCGCGGGUCUCUUUCCAUGGCGAUGCUAUGCGGCGAUGACGAAGCUCUUCCUGAGUCGCCGACGCCUUCGUCCUCUUACUCGUCUCCUUCUUCGCCUUCCGUGGCGUCUUCGUGUGCUGAAGAUCACGAAUCUUCGUUAGUCUCCCCUUCGCCUUCGGGGCCAGAACUCGAAGGACGCUCUGACCCUCCUCUUUCUUCCCUUGAAAGAAAGUCAGAGUCAGGUCACUCGACCGCUGCCUCGUCUUCUUCGUCUUCUCAUCCCACUCUUGCCCCCACUGUGUCAGCUCCGGGUACGCAGCAGCCGGCCCCGCCUCCCCCUCCACUGUCUCCCCCUCGCCAACCGCUGUCUCCUGUCGCGUCUCCUGCUUCGCGUGUCCCUCCGUCACCGACAGACCAGUCUUCUCCGUCUCACUCUCCGCCGUCGCGCCAUCUCCAGUAUCUCUUUCCCUUCUCAGAGAAGCAGUCCGAGUCGUACAAUCUCUCUUCUUCUCUCUCUUCUCCCUCGAAUUCUCUCUCUUCUUCUGCCUCUGCUUCUCUCUCUUCCUCCAGCGCCUCUCCUCUCGCCGCGCACCCCUUCUUCCCGUUUCGCGACCAACUCCAGGAGAAAGCCGCAGAUUCGCAGUUUCUCUCUUCGGCAGGGAGUCUCCUCUGGCGUUUCGGGAAAAAAAUCGGCACCAGCGGAAAGGCAGCUGCCGAGGCAGCCGCGCACGCAGCCGCCCGCGCCGCGCUCGUAACUGUGGGCGAACCCACAAUCCUCGCCCCGCCUGUUUCCCCGGGGGAAGAGAGAAGAGGGUCAGCGAACGCCGGCGAGAACGACGGUGGACGAGUGCGCGUCAGCGAAGGCCAACGAGCAGGGAAAGAAGAAAGAGAAGAGAAGAGAGAGGAAGAGGGAAGAGAGACGGGGGGAUUGAGCCGCCGGUGUCGCAGGGAAGAGGGAGAGGAGAGGAACGAGGAAGGGGUUCCGGACGACGCAGGGGGUGGAGAACACGGGCGAGGGAGAGAAGAAGGAAAAACGCCGUACAAACGGCAGCGAGAAGGACCAAGUGAAGAAGAACUGAAGCCAGAAAUCGAAGCGCGGAGGCAGCCACUGCAGGCGCACCACGAGGGCUUUGCCCAGAGGAGUUGUCUUCCUUCCUAUCCUCCAAACGCCGACACGAAUCCGUCCUCUUCGGCCGCGUCUCCGCCGUCUUGCGAAGCGUGGACGUCGCCGGUGGCGGCUCGGCACGUCUCCGCGAUGGACGGAGACACUCCUGAGGGAGACGAUGACGGCAUCCCGCGCAAAGAGGUGGACAAGGAGAUACGGCGGCUUCAAGAAGAGAUCGUGGAAGCGCUUUGCGCCGCGGCGGCUCCUGCGGCCGCCACGGCCGCUCUCACAGCAACGGAGGCUGCCGUCCGGUCUUUGGAGACUUCGAGUGCAAGAAACGCAGCGUCGGGCCGCGAGCGUUGUGCGCGCGAAUGGCGCGCGGACGCCGGGGCGGUUGCGGCGGCGACGGCUGUCGCGCUCUACGAGGACGACGCGCUGCUCAGCAACGUCCGGUCGCUGGUUGAUACCAUGGCGGCGCUGCGCGGUUCGUUGCGGAGGACGUCCAGGGGCGGGAAGUCUUCUCUGCGUGCUGCGGAGUCUCCGGCGGGGGACGAGUCUGGCGGAGCCGAAGCGGGUCAAGCAGAGAGCGAAGAAGAGUCGAACGCGCGUCAGCGCCCGACAGCCAGCUCAGCAGCUUCUCGGGCGCCGUCGGAGCCCAGCGCCUGUGGCCGUUGCGGUCGCUGCGCGGGGCGAGACUCCGGCGCUUCUCCUGUGGGGUCGGCGCCCGGAGAGACGGCGCGUCUCCUCGAGAAGAUCCAGACUCAGCAGUUCGAGUUAGAUCGCCUUCGAGACACAAACGACCGACAGGGGAAGCAGCUGCUGCAGCUCACUCUGCAACUCACUUCCCUUAAGACGGAGGCGGAGGAGCGCAGUUUGCACGAGAAGGAGAGAGCGGAGCAGGAACAGGCGAGAGAGCGCCAGGAACGCGAACGGGAGCGAGAGCGCAUGCACGCCGAGGAGCGACAAGCCGAGCUGUCUGCGCAGCAUCAGCGCGAGCUCGAAGAGCUGGCGGCUGCCGCCGCCGAGAGUUUCGACCUAAAGUGCCAUCUCCAGGACCUCGCAAAGACGUGCAGUCUCGCGCAAGAUCGACAGCGGGCUCUUGAGGAAGAGAUCGCAGGUCUGCGGAAAGACCUCGCUGAUAGGGACGCGAAGCUGGAGGGAUUGACGCAGUUGCCUUCAACGUCUCUCUCUUCAGCGGAGGCAGCGGCUGCCGACGAGGCCGGUCAGGCCCGACCCGAGGACGAAAAGAGGGAGGCGAUCAGCAGCUGUUCAGUGGAAGGUGACGAGUCGCAGCGGAAAGGCAGAGCGCCCGACGCGGGUGCGCGUGCGCCGACCGUGUCCGUCGCGGUCCAAGCGACUCCGGCAGGCGAGGGAUAUCGGGCCGGCUUCGACGGUGGCGUGCAUGCAGGCAAAGACGAGAGACAAAGCAGGCGACAGUCCCCUACGUCUCGGCUCCCCGACGCGCGAGAAGGACAGGGCGACCGACAGGCGUGUGGAGCACGAGGUGGUGAGAGAGCAGAGAACACGGAGCGAGAGCCUCCGGCGAAUGUCGACUCGCAGCCCGCGAAGGUCGCAGACCAGGCAAGUUCUCUCGGGGCCGAGGAGUCAGCAGUGAGCGGCGAAGCGGGACACGCGGAAGCGCUGUCGAGGAAAGUUGCGAUGUUGCAGUUCGAACUGGAAUCAGUGAAGGCACGAGACACCUGCGAGCGGCGCCGCCAGCAGCAGCAGAUCCAGGACCUCAAGCUUUUGUGUAUCAAGGAAAAGACGAAGCGAGAGAAGGCGGAGGCGGAGUGUCAGCGGUUGAUGGCGGCGGCCUUGGAGCAGCAGCUGCUCGAGCUCCAGCAGCGUCAACAGUCUCUCGGCGACGACGGUUUCCCAGAGGCGGCUCCGCGAAAUCGCCUGGGUUCUCCGCCUUCCUCGCUUCGCCGGCAUUCCGCCGCUCCGCAAUCUGGCGGCGCGCAAGAGCCAGGGGCGAAGGAAGCAGGCACCACCCAGCAGUCCUGUCGGCGAUUGGAACAUGUGCCAGGCGGAGACAGGCCUGUUGGGGCCCCAGCGAAAGAAGGAGUUGGGCGUGUAGAAGAGACACACGUUGACGCCAUGAAAGGCCAAAAAGAUCGAGACGGCGCAGAAGCGUUUCCCGCUUCCGCCCACGCGUCUCAGGCUGCUUUGCGGGAACUUCACGACGCCUACGAAAGCCUCAAAGAAGAAUUCAGUCAACUGUCGGUUGCCCAGACGCUUCUUCAGAACGAUGUUGCGAGAAAGGCGGAGAUCAUUGCCUUUCUGGUGAAGAAAUAUGCUCUCAACGAAGAAGCCUUCAGAGGCCCUCUUCCUGCCGCCUCGUCCUUCGGGUGGAAGAAGCUAGCAGCCGCAGCCGCUGAGGCCGUGGGGGGGACAGCAGGACACUCGUCUCUCUCCCUCGACGAAAUGCAGAAGGUCGUUGAGGAGACGCUUUUGGAAAACAUUCGACUGCGGACAGAUCUGGCCACACUGGCAGAGGACUUCGGGCGGCUGCUGAAAGCGCAGCGGGCGGAGCAAGACGUCGCAGUGCCGGUGCUUUCUUCGUCAGCCCAUUCCUCGUCCUCAGCCGACCAGAUGCUGAGGAAUGGAGACAGUCACUCCCCACCUUCGCAGCAGAAUUCGACUCCCCGCGCUUCAUCCGCAACGAAGCGAGAUCCGAGCGAGGUGACGAUGCUAGCCAACGGCGCCCGUCGGAACUUUUCUGGGGAGACGAGGCCGCAGCAAGACGAGCGAGGUGAACCAGAUCGGAGAACUGGAGCCCAGGCAGGCGAAGGGGCUUCGUCGGUGUCUCCUGAAGAGGGACGCGGGCCUCUGAGUGAGAGGACACCGUCUGCAGACCGGGACGUGAAGGAGACGCGGGCGCCAGAGGAGAAAGAGAAGAAGACGGUGUUCCUCAGUUCGAGGUGUACCAGAUUGCCCGGCCACGCACCUCAGCCAGAAAAGGGAGGGACCUACGGCAAAGGUGAAGACAAACGCGGCGAUGAAAGUUGUUCACCUCUCUCCGAUUUUGAAGCUUCCAGCGAGGUCAUCCUCUUCCGCGCAGACGCGUGA